CCUCAGCAUCAGCACAUCUGGCCAAAAUCAGCCCCCACACCCACGGGGCGGCUCCCGCUGGGUUUAGAACCCGCUGCCUCGAAGCCAGAGCUCCCUGCUCCGCCGGCUGGAGGCUGAGCUGGGCCGUCCCGACCCAGAGCUCCUGUGGGGCUGGAUCAUGGCAGGACUCUGCUCCCAGCUGGCCGCGCUGCUCCUGCUGCUGGUGCUGCUGCCGUCCCCAGUGCAUGGUGCUGAGGAGAGUCAAGACCAGCCAGUGUUCAGCCGUAUCAUAGGGGGGCACGAUGCCAAGAAGGGUCGAUGGCCCUGGCAGGUCAGUGUGCAGAAAUAUGAUGGUGAUAAAGAUGAAUACGACCACAUCUGUGGAGGAUCCCUCAUCUCAGCCCAGUGGGUGGUGUCAGCCGCUCACUGCUUCGAUCGCAAUCUCAAUGAAUCUAGUUAUUGCGUGAACCUGGGGGAGCACCAGCUCCCCAACGCCUCCCGCACCUGCAUCUCGUCCCCCGUGCGUCGCUUCAUCAGCCACCCCGACUACAACCAGAGCAUGCACUUCGCCGACAUUGCCCUGGUGCAGCUGAUGGAACCUGUCAACUUCACGGACACCAUCCGCCCCGUCUCCCUGCUGGGCCCCUCCACCCAGUUCCCAGCCGGGGAAAAGUGCUGGGUCAUGGGCUGGGGGAAUACCGGGCCAGAGAAUAAAGAUGCACUUCAGCCGCCCCGGACUCUCCAGGAGGUGGAGGUUCCUCUCGUCGAUGUGUCGACCUGCAGAGAACAGUUUGGGAAACAGAGCCACUGGAUCAAAGAUGACAUGCUGUGCGCUGGGGCCAGGUGUGACCCUAAUGGCCCCUGCAAGUUUGACUCUGGGGGGCCUCUGGUCUGUCAAAGGAACGGCAGCUUCGUCCUGACUGGGAUCGUCAGCUGGGGCAUAGACUGCUCACCCCUACUCCCCAAGGUGUACGUCCAGGUUCCAUUCUAUGUCAACUGGAUCCAGAAUGUCACGGGUGGCGCUGGCCUCUCCAUCGUCUCUCCUGCCGUACUCAGUGCCGGUACCGCCAGUACCACCCCACCGGGGCCCUGCAGCAACGGCUUAGUCUGCUCAUGCCUAGCGCUGGCUCUGGCUGCACCGCUCCUUGCUGGGCUCCUGCUGCUGGCCCUGUGAC